CAGUCCCACUCCUCACGCUGUGACUUACGCGAUCUAGUCCGCGAUGUAUUUUUCAAUGCACUGGCAAUUUUCUGGUACAGGUUGGCGGGUUUGAUGCAUGUCGGAUUCGUUCCUGGACUACGGAAUUGCUGUGUUCCCACUGCCGCAUAUCUCAUGCGCGUGUUGGUACGUCAACGGACACGAUUGCGAAAACGUUGCACGUUGAUACGUCUAUAAAGGACACAAGUGGAGAGCAUCUGCUAUUCCUUGAUAUGACUAGCGAAAACAUUUCCAGUACAAGCUAUGCCGAUUCCAGUACUAGUGGCCCAAAGUUCCACGUGCGGUCACUGCCUGAUGGCACAGAGUUUCAAGUAAGUCGCCAUGCUAUUGAAACAUGUGAAGUGUUCCGGAAUAUGUUUGCAUGCUGCGACCACGGUUUCGAACUAGUGGGUGAUAAGGACGAGCCUGGGCCCCAGGAAGCAGUUCUCGACUUGGAUGAAACGGAGCAUGCUUUAGCAACUUUAUUCCGCCUCAUUCAACAACCCCCUUCCCCUCCCCCAAUGGAGAACUCAGAUGGAACGAGACCUCGUUUCAAAUUGGACGCAGGCUCAAUCAUCCCGUUUCCGGUUCUUCCUUCCAUGCUUCAUCUGGCUGAUAAGUAUGGACUCCCAGAAACAAUAAUAAGUUCACUGCACUUGCACGUCCAAGCCAAUGCUUCAAUUAAUCCGCUCCCCGUUUAUGCAUAUGCCACAACACAUAACUUGCCGGAAAUUGCAGCAGAGGCAAGCGCUCACCUCCUCCAUCCCCCAUUAUCGUCGUACACCAAAGAGGACAUACAAAUUAUUCCCACUGUCACCGCAUACCAUGAGCUUCUGAGGCUCCAUGAAUACCGGAAAUAUAAACUACGAGAUAUCCUGCUAAAUGAGGAUAUAUUUCCGCACGGAUAUGGCACUUGCCCUGUGCACAAGCAGUGGGCCACUCAGCUCUGGGAACAGAAGCGGGUGUACCUGGCCACCCGAAUCGAAGCAGCUACUGAUAUAGCUGAGGAGAUGCAUGACUUGGCUGCCCAGCUUCCCUCUUGUCCCCUGUGUCACAAAGCUUUGACAGCUGCUGUAGAUAUGCUUCAGUACAAAUGUCGGAGAGUGCCAAGAACCGUAGAUUAUGUCCCUGGCUCUAUACAAUCUAAUGGAUGACACAUAAGAUAGUACGCGCAUGCGUAAACGA